UCCUUGCUGCCCUUGAGCUCGCAGGGCAAAUCCUGUAAAGUAGACAAGAACAGGAAGAUCACACCCUCGUGUAAAGUCGAUCACACCCUCGUGUAAAGUCGAUCGUUGCACUUUUAAAGCCACUUCUCGCAUCGGUUUGCUAGAAUUCGGUGUCCCCUGCCCGUUUUCAAAAGUAGGGCACCGCCAUCGCGUGCAGAGCAGUACGGAGUCGAACUGCCGCUCGGGGUGGGUUUUGUGUGAGUGUGUGUGAGUGUGAGUGUGUGUGUGUGUGUGUGUGUGUGCGUGUGUUUUUUAAUAAAAGUCUCCGGCGGAGGGGAAAAUAAACACGGAAGAAGAGUAUCUUCUCGCAGGAGGGAACACAACACUGCGUAAGCGCGGACCCCAGUGAGCGAGCGGUGCUGCCUGCACGUGAGGGGAUCACCGGAGCGCACCUCCGCGAGCACACGGCACGUGGAGUAUGUCCUGAGCAAACGGAUCCAGAUGCACAGGGAGUGCUGAGAGCCCUACGCCUUGGCCCGUGCAGUUGGGCGCCUCUGGGACACCUCCUCUGAUUACGCGGGAAAAGAAGCAGCUCUCCGUAACCAUGCGCUGCAGCAUCAGCGACCUGCGUGCACAGAGCGCGGCUCUGGAACUGCGCGGCAUGACGAACUAAGAGACUUUAUCUGCAACGCGCGCCGACUUCGUCCUCUCUCGCCUCCGACAGAAAUGCACAGAGAAGAAUAAAGCGAAGUCGUUGGUGGGGGAACUUGUUGAAAGCGGCUUGAGGAAACUCCCCGAAUGUUGAGUAAAUAUUAAGGAGACAUGACCACGGUGAAGUUGCCGGACGUUCUGUGUUUGACUGCUGCUACAUGUUAACGCCUCUGAUCUCUGAACCUACGGUGGCCCCUCUCCCGGACCCUCAGACCGCUCGUUCCCAGGCGCCUGUCAUGCUCGCGCAGGCCGCGCUCCUCAUGGUGCUGCACGCGCUGGCGCGGACCCGAGGCCAGUAUGAGCUGUGCAAAUCGCUCGUGAGCACGGACGACGGCGCCGUGUGGGAGCAGUACGCGUGUCAACCUAAGGCCCAGUCCACGAAGGAGUACAUGCGCAUCCGCGUGGAACCCCCGGGCAUCACGUGCGGGAACCCGCCUGAGAGAUUCUGCACACUGGAGAACCCGUACCUGUGCAGUGACGAGUGCGAUGCGUCCAACCCAGACCUGGCCCACCCGCCACAGCUGAUGAAGGAUCGCGAGCGCGGCGGCCUCCUCACCUACUGGCAGACGGUCACGUGGCGUCGCUACCCCGAGCCGUUGCUGGCCAACAUCACGCUGUCCUGGAACAAGAGCCUGGAGCUGGCGGGCGACCUGCAGGUGGUCUUCGAGUACGGCCGGCCCACCGCCAUGGCGCUGGACAAGUCGCUGGACCACGGGCGCACGUGGCAUCCGUACCAGUUCUACGCCGACGACUGCGCGGAGGCGUUCGGCAUGUCGCCGCGCCGCGCCGCCGACCUGGUGCCGGGCAACGCAACCCGUGUCAUCUGCACGGAGGAGUACUCGCGCUGGGUGGGCGCCAAAGGCGACAAGGUGGUGCGCUUCGAGGCGCGCAAGCGCCUCGCCCUCUUCGGCGAAGGCCUGUACGCGCGUCUGGAGAACACCAAGGGCCUGAGGGACUUCUUCACCUUCACCAACCUGAGGCUCCGCCUCCUGCGGCCCGCCCUGGGGGGCACGUACGUGCAGAGGGACAACCUGCUCAAGUACUUCUAUGCCAUCUCCAACAUCGAGGUGCCCGCCAGGUGUAAGUGUAACCUGCAUGGCUCCCAGUGUGUGUUGGUGAACGGGACUCUGCACUGUGUGUGUGAGCACAACACCACAGGCCAGGACUGCCAACGCUGCAAAAGAGGCUUCAGAGCCAAGAGUUGGAAACCUGGAUCCUACCUACCCACCCCACACGGGUUACCAAACACAUGUGCCCAGGCUGGUUCACCGUCUGCUUCUAACUGUGAGUGCUAUGGCCACUCGAACCGCUGUAGCUACAUCGACUACCUGAACAUCAUCACGUGUGUGAGCUGCAAGCACAACACGAGAGGCCAGAACUGCCAGCACUGUCGUUGGGGCUUCUACCGCAACGUCUCUGUGGAGCUGGACGACGAGAGCGUGUGUGUAGAGUGCGGCUGUCACCAGAUGGGCUCUCUGCAUGACCGCUGCAACAGUACCGGAUUCUGCCAGUGUAAAAAGGGCGCUGCAGGUGCCAAGUGUGACGAGUGUCUGCCCGGUUACCACUGGAGACAGGGCUGCCAGCUGAACGUGUGUGAUGAGGAGCUGCUGGUUUGUCAGAAUGGCGGCACGUGCGAGCAGAACCAGCGUUGCCUUUGCCCCGCCCACUUCCAGGGCGUGCUGUGCCAGCACGCCCGCUGUGAGGGUGGGUCCAUGUGUGACCACGCCUCCGCUUCUGCAGCUGCUGCCCUCAGCUUGGCCCUGCUCCUCGGCCUGUCGGGCGCCCUGCUGCUGGGCUGCGCCCCCUGACCCACCACCCACCGCUCCUUCUGCCCCUACCCCACUGCUACGUUACACCCCCGGGCGGAGGGGGCAAACCACAAAAGAACAGUGAAGAAAAUCAAAGAAGCAGAAAGACUUCCGAGAGACUUCUGUCCCAUCAAAAGCUGAAAGAAGAUCAUACCAAAAAUGUAUAUAUAUUUUCCCACAUAUACAAAAAAAAAAAUCAUAAACACAAUAACAAAUAAACAUUCACUCACCCCACCAAUGAGGAGACUGUUUGACAGGAAGAGGCAGUGUUAGAGGGCACUCACUUCCUGCACCGCAGCUGUGAGCUCAACUAGAGACUCUUUCAAACUCUCCGACUGUCUGAGCUGAGCCAGAAGGGGUGUGUCUUCACGCUAAACACCCAUCUGUAAUAGGAAUGGUAAUAAGCUCCGCCCACACCUCAUUUCCUGCUGCUGUUUUGAUAUUACCACAUAUAUUAUGAGCUCUGGUAGUCGCAGAGACUAAAAGUCUCUGUACCGUAAUAUUUGUAAGAUGAGAAGUAUUAACUCUUAGGCACUAUUCUGCUGGAUGUUUUAGGAAUGUUUUCGAACACAGUUAGAAAGACACUACUGAAGACAUCGACGUCAGAUCUAACAGUUACAUACCGAUGUCUUUCACCUCUGUUUUUUUUUCUGGUAGAGUUUAUUUUCAGUUUGGAUUUAGAGCUAUACGUACCGGGAAGGUUUUACUUCACUGUAACGCGGACAUCUGUCAUAGUAGCGCGACUGUAAGUGUUCUAGGACCGAAGAUGUUGCACUAUGUACGUGAGAUAUUACAGAUCAUUCUAUAAAACUGAAAAGAGGUUUUAUGGUCGCAGAUUAGGUGUAACCUUGUUCAAUAAAACGGGAAAACAGAAGAGAGUCCUCGCUGGGAAGGGAGAGACCACCACCAGGUUCACGGAAAUGACUACUGUAAACCUUCCCAGACGUGCAGCAUCUGUUUCGGAGGGACUGCGCGUGUGGCACGUGUUAGGAAAGAUGUGACUUUACGACGCUGUAAAAUUGACAGUAAACACGACUGUUCCUGCUUCUCCUGCAGGCGGCCGUGGUCUCUGCUCCUCGGCCUCGUCAGCUCCGUUCUCCCAUCACCCACGCCGCACACGCUGCACCGCGACACUGUAAACAUGCACUACACGCACAAAACACCAUCACACCGCUGAUCAAUAACUUCGCUAUUAACCCAUUUUUAAGUGUUUAAAAAAACUAAGGCAGAAUUAAGUUCCAGUUCACUUUAGCGGUAGCGUUACAGCAGAAUAGAUGGACCGUUCAGUCGCGUGCAUGCGUGUAGGCAGAAUGGCAGAAUAAGGACAACAGCUAUAAUGAAAGACAAUGUAUUAUUUACUUUCUUGCACCGUAGACACACGGAGUUCCUUAAACCUUUUCUUUAAUGACAGUACGAACAAUGGCAUGACGCAAAAGCAAAUUAUGAUAGAAGGAAGACCCGAACACCACCAAAACAAAGUCCAUAAAACGGAAGAACUCUGGUGUCUGCCGUGUCAGCGCGUUUAAGAAUAGAAGAGCCCUAAUGAGAGGAAGGCUCAUAAAACUUCCGUGACACGAUGACACCAGCACAGCCAGGCCCGGGCAGGCGAGUGAAUACACCUGGAGGAAUCGGAGCAAAUCACCUCGGGGAGCUGGGAUGGAUUACUCGGGACUGAAGAGCAACGCAAGCAUGAAUUCCAAGCAGCGGCGGUUGUCCAGUCCCCGCGCACAUGAGCAGGCCUGCUGCUGGCUUGUGAAAGCGCCGGCAAGCACAACUGUCUAGCCGACUGUUUAUUCCACCUUAAAGGGGAGAAUAUAGGAUAUAGAAUAUCAGAUUUCAACUAUUUAACGCUCCGACAUCGAUCUUUUUACAUUCCCUCACAGUCAGAGGCCCUCCCUGCCUCUGUCGUGCGGGGGAAUAUUAAUGAUUUUCCGUUCACCUUCAACAUUGGUGCAUUUAGCAGACACGGAGAAAGAGAACAAGGAUGGGUCUGAUUCUUACCUGAGCCCCUAGAUGAGGAAGAACAAAUGAGCUCAUUUAUAAAUCAUUAAAACAAUUAGCAACUAGUAUUCGGCCAUGGCCCCUUAGCAGAACUGCUCCUGAACAACAAACACUUGGACACUGGACUCUGAAAUGCAGAAGCUUGUCAUGUGUAGGCCUUAGGGAGUAGGGAGUGAGGGCAGAACGUUA